UCCCUGCUGUGGGACUCUAGAGAUAGUCUAUAAGAUUAUGUGGCGGUGCUUUGAACACUUGUUCUUAUUCAUUUCAGCAUGUUAGUCAAAUAUAUUAAAUGAAUUAUUCAUAAGAAAGGAACAGCAGCAUGACUGACGGAACAAAUUUUAACAGCCUGGGUUGAUUGUUUUUUUGGUCAUUCUCAUCUCCCUUGCACACCCUUUGACAGUGCAAUGUUCAGGGUUGCACUUGGAUGACCAGACCUGCCAGUGACAUUGUGGAGUUCAGAUGUAUUCAAAAACAGGCAAUGUAAUUAACCUGUUGAUUAAAGAACCCCUCAAUGCCACAACUGGAAACGAUCUUUGCUAAAACUAGAUUCAAGUAGGAUUUGCACAAGCAGUGACAAUGAGAAUCAAUAUGGCCAGGUCUUAUUUAGCAUUUUAUCUGCUUAAAUCUCAUGGUUACCACCUUAAGAGUUAAAUGGAAAGAACUGAAAGCAGGUCUGUUUUCACUAACCUGAGUCUCCUAUUUCUGUUUUUUGAAUGAGCACUGUACAAUAAAUUUAAUUUCUCCCAGAUACUUGCCAAUGUAGAUAUUCAGUAGCUUGGGUUCAAGAUUAUGAUUUAUAGUUACCCAACUCCUGGAUACUCUGAGUCACACUGCCACCACAUUUCUGCAAUAAUCAGCAGCUCCUCAGCAUUCAUUUCCUUUGCUGUACAGCCGUGCCUCGGCAACACACAGCCACUUCAACUAUACAUCUUUAUCGGCUGUAAUAGAAAUGGCCUCUGCUUCCAAAAGGUGAACUUCUUUCCAACCAGCAAAAGUGGCACAGCACAACUGAACAUCAAGGUUUCUAGAAUGGAAGGGAAGAUCAAUAAGAAAGAAACUCAUGAUGAAGGAAAAUCUAACAAUACAGAAAACUACCUGCAAAAGGGCAAGAACUGUAAGGUGAUCACAAUUAAUGUUGGUGGGCAUCUAUACACAAUGCAGAGACAUACAUUAACACAGUAUGUUGAUUCCUUGCCAGAAGCUUUAAUCAGUGGCAAAAUUCAGAAUACUGUUGAUGCAGAUGGGAACUACUUCAUUGACCGUGAUGGCUUGCUGUUCAGGCAUGUCCUUAAUUUCCUACGAAAUGGUGAGCUUCUCUUACCGGAAGGAUUUCAAGAGAUUCGACUUUUAGCAAAGGAGGCAGAAUUUUAUCAGAUAAAGCCUCUAAUAGAAGCUCUGAAAACCAAGUCAGCAAAUAUGCAAACAGCAUCAGAAGCUACGUUCCUAGAAAUAAUCGACAGUCAUGAUCGCUCUCAUGGCCUCAAAAUCUACUGUAAUUCUUCAGAUUUCAUUGCAAGGAUCAAGUCUCGCAUUAUUCAAGUGUCAAAAAGCCGUCUAGAUGGAUUUCCUGAGGAAUUUGUUGUCUCAUCACAUGUCAUCAAGUUUAAGUUCUUCAUUAAAUCUGAAAGUGGGGCACGUCUGGUUCUCAAGGAAGACAACACAUUUGUUUGCACCCUGGAGACUCUAAAGUUUGAGGCCAUCAUGAUGGCUUUAAAAAGUGACUUUAAGUUGCUGACCAGCUUGGAUAGCUCCAAGGGAUCAAUUGUACAGAGUGAUGCACUUCAUUUUCUUAAGUAAAUCCAGUUUUACAAGUAUCCACCGAGGUAAAAUGACUAUUUUGCAACUGCUAUACCACUGCAUUUAUGCUGCAAAACUGCCUGCUAAAUCUGACAUUAUCCCAAUGAUAUAAAUAUCUUAGGCACCAUUAAAUGGCAAAAUAGAAUUGCAGCUAACUGAUUACAAUACUAUCUCUUCAAUUUUUAGAAUGAAGACCUUGAACCAUUACAUUACUUAGUAGGUUAGAAAGCAACAAUAAAUAAAUGAUUUAGGUAUUUUAAGUAAUGUUAUUAUUUUAUGAAUUGGAAAUAAAUGAUUUUUUCAUAAUUUCACAACAUGAAAUAUGAAAUAAUUUGCUCAAUCUCUGAAAAUGAAAUGAUUUGGAAAAUAUUCCAUUAUGCCACUUUCAUUUUAGAAAUACAACGCGAGUUAUUCCCUUAGUUAUUAAGUCUCAAAACCAUUUCAGCUUUUUUUACAAAGGGUUCUCAGAAAAUGCUUGGAAAAUUGUCUGCAAAGAUACCACAAUUUCGCCUGUGGCCGUGAUGUUUUGCUCCAAGAACAAGCAGACAUUGUGUGCCGCUGUACUGUUAACUUUAUAUUAAAAUAAUUAAUUUUGAACUUGGAAGAACAAAGUAGAUUUAAUUUGAUACAUGAGGUUAUUCUCAUUUAGUCUGCAUGAUUCAUUCAUCCUUUUUAUAUUCAAGUUUCACAUUGCAUUAUGAAGUUAUUCAGUCAUAGAUGGAUAAUUAUUUUCUUUAAUAUAUGUAGAUGCACAAGCUUGGAAAGAAUAAUGGCAUUAUUUCAGCAUGUUCAUUAUUUACUUCAAAUAUGUUGCAUUAAACUAAACAAGGCUAGUCUGCAUGAUGUACCCAUCAAUUAAAAUCACCAUCAAAUCUGCUUUUGUUACCCUGAAAUAAUUCAUUACUCCCCUCACCAUAAAUUAUCAGUGCCAUUUUAUACCUGAAUUCGUGGAGAAAGCAAAGAUCAAUUAUUAACAGUGAGCUUCAAAUAUUACGCAUAUCUCUGCACCUAGCACAGACGAAUCAUUCAUCACAGGGAUAAGAUAGUCUGAAGGAUUAUAACAAGCCAGUCUUCUAUAUUUUCUAACAUCUUCACUGAUGACCAACAUUGUGUCCAACAUCUGCAUUCUAAUCGAGACUACGAUGGAAGGGUGAGAAUAGCUUGAACAGAAAUUCCCCGAGGAGAGGGAAGAAUGGCAUGUUUACGUCAAAAGCACAUAGUUAUUUACAGCUUGGUAAUGUGAUUUUCUGGCAUGAAAAUAUUAUGAAUUACAAUCUGCAGCUGAGAAUUAUAGUACUUGCACAUAUCAGACAAUAUUGUUAAAUGCAACUAAAAUAAAUAUUUAAGCAGUAACAAUGAGCAUGGGCUAUUUCACAUGUAUCAGCUAAUAAAGAAUUUAAAUCCAAAA